UGGGCCGACGACAAGCCCUCAUUAUUUGUAUGUCCGUCAAUGGAUUCUUCGCCUUUCUAUCAUCUUUUGUCCAGGGUUAUGGCCUCUUCCUCUUCUGUCGAUUCUUUGCUGGAUUCGGGAUUGGAGGAGCGGUUCCUAUCGUGUUUGCCUACUUUGCUGAGGUCCUGGCGCGGGAGAAGCGGGGUGAGCACCUGAGCUGGCUCUGCAUGUUCUGGAUGAUCGGAGGGAUCUACGCAUCUGCCAUGGCCUGGGCCAUCAUUCCUCACUACGGUUGGAGUUUUAGCAUGGGCUCUGCGUACCAGUUCCACAGCUGGCGAGUGUUUGUCGUUGUCUGUGCUCUGCCCUGUGUCUCCUCGGUCGUGGCCCUCACCUUCAUGCCUGAAAGUCCUCGAUUCCUGCUGGAGGUGGGGAAGCACGACGAGGCCUGGAUGAUCCUGAAACAGAUCCACGACACGAACAUGAGGGCACGGGGACAACCAGAGAAAGUGUUCACAGUCAAUAGAAUCAAGACCCCGAAAAUGAUCGAUGAAUUGAUAGAGAUACAGACGGAUACGGGCACCUGGUAUAUGAGAUGGUUUGUUCGAAUCAAAACAGAGCUGUAUGGAAUUUGGUUGACAUUCAUGAGAUGUUUUGACUACCCUGUCAGGCGAAACACCAUUCUGCUGAUUAUAGUUUGGACAACCUUGUCAUUUGGUUACUAUGGUCUCUCUGUCUGGUUUCCUGACGUCAUCAAGCACCUUCAAGCCGAUGAGUAUGCAUCCCGGGUGAAAAAGUUUUAUGGAGAAAGAGUUGAAGAUUUUGUGUUCAACUUUACGCUGGAGAACCAAAUCCACACAAAUGGAGAGUACAUCAAGGACAGGUUCAGCAUCAUGAAGUUUAAAUCGGUAAUCUUUGAAGAUUCCCUCUUUAAGAACUGUUAUUUUGAAGAUGUGACAUCUAUAAUGACCUAUUUUAAGAACUGCACAUUUACAGAAACCCUUUUCUAUAAUACAGAUCUUGAAGAAUCUUUCAAUACAAACUUGGAGUUCUCUUUUAUUACUUACAGUCGACACCAGGUUUCCAUUCUGAGCUCCAUAUCCAGAAUUUUCUAUCUAAAUAUUCCAAUCAAGGCAGCGAUUUUUCCUUCUUAUUGCCAGGUUUAAACCUUAUGGGGUAUCAGAGCUGUCUCCUGAGAAAUGCACGAUAACUGCAAAAUCCGCAUUAUUCUGCGUAGAACGAUAUUUUCUUGCCUCUGUGUGAAAACUGAAAUAUUUUGUCUUUAACUUCCUUGUGUCUUAGUGUUUUAAAUAUGUGUAGGUGUCUGUAGAUCUAGUAUAUAAACGUGAGAACUCACUGCAGUUGUUCCUCUACAUUUGUGAACUUUAACCUAUCUCUGCCAGGGUCAUCGCCAGAAUUUAGUUGGCCAGAGGGACAAAGCGCUUUAGAAAGUCUAUAGUAUAAUAUUUCAACAAUUAAAUUUGUGUAGUAUACAAAUUUAUAAGAUUGCACAGUCAGCUCCUGUAGAUUCUCACACACACGAUGCAUAUGCAAUUUGUAGAUUCAUCAAUAGUAAAGAAAUAAAGACCUACAACUGCUAAAUAACCAUUCGACAAACUAUUCAUAAAUUAUAUGUAACCUAUUUAGAGUCUUAUAACGUAAAUCCAAUGCUAUCCAAUAGGAUAAGUGAAAAAUCCUAUGGUUGUUCUUGGUAUUGCCUAUAAAUCUUGUGUAUAUAGAUAAGAGUAACGCAAUACUACCAUUAGUAUUAUUAGGACAUUUUCUACAAAUAUAACGGGAUGGGGAAAACACGAGUGUAACAGAAUUUGUUAAUCAGAAUGCCUCUGUAAAACAGAUCUCACAUUAGAUGUAAGUACUUCAGCACAGUCACUUUACUAGCUUCUGAAUAUAGUUCGGCAUGCAAUUUCCAGUGUGACGUUGGGGGGGGGAGAGGGGGGGGGGAGUACACUUUGUAUGCGUUUGCUGAAAAGAUGGAUGGCAACUUUUGUACAUUAAUGGAAAGUAAUUUUGUGUCUACUCACCCUUUAGUGGAAAGGGCACAUGAUGUGGUGCAAGUGUUAACACAAGCAAAACCAAACAGUCUAGCUGUAUAUACAAUACAACGUGGUUUUAUUCGUCACAUUGCACAUAAAGUGCAAGUGAAAUGAAAUAUACUGUGCAGAUCAUGAGAUGCGGUUAACAACAAUUUGUUGUAAGUUGUAAUGCAACUGGUAACUGAAGACGCAAACGGUGGAGUUUUAGCAAAUUAAUGUAUAUUCUGUUUUCCUGUGCUUUGAGAUAUAUUUUCGGUUUUGAGCAGUGUCAUUAAUUGAAAAGGUAAUAACUCUUUAUUGAUACUUAUAGUCGACAGCCUGCAAAUGUAUUCAACGGCCCUCAUUGAAACUAUAAAACAUUAAUGAUGAAAGCAAAGAUCAUUAUCCAGAAGUGAAACGCACCCCCUGUGAUCUUGUAAUAUAACCACGUUCUAAAGUCAAACUAGGACAUUCUAAACACAGGUUACCUCAUGAUUACCUGAAAAAUGAAUACAUUUAAAAAUGUUGCGCUACAACUCAGCUUCUAAAUAAAUACAUACAUAUAUAUACCACUCUUUUAGUUCCUGUUUGUCCCAUCAAGUGUUGUUUUCUUGCCAUCUUUAAUAUAAAAACUGUAUGGCACUGGGAUCAAAAUCUCACUGAUCAUGAAUGGACAUUUGACUUCAAGAAAUGGCGGAUCUUCUUUAGUUGGAACGAAACGCUAACAUUUAGGUUGAUCCAAUGUUCAGGUUAAAGUAUUAUAGUUUUACAUUUUCUUACACGGCAAUGCUGCGACUCCCUUUAACAUUGCAACGAUACAAGAUACCUCACAAUCUCCCCCUUCUCCUGUGAAUCGAACCAUCCCUCCCUGACUCUCGCACAACCAUCACAUCUUUAGUGAUGAGGGAUUCCAGCAACAGGCGGGAAGAUUCCCCUUGGAGCCAAGAACUUUGAGAGGACCUUUGAUGGAGGUGCAUAGAAUCAUGAUGGGUUUAGACAAGGUAAAAUGAGGGAAGUUACUCCAAGAAGUACAAGUUGCAAGAAGCUAUGGGCACAGAUUUAAAAGUUGCCUAUGGGAAGCCAGAGAGACGCCCAGAAUUUUUUAAUGCGGAGACUGCAUCUGAAUUGAAACUCACUACCUUUACGGAUGGAGAAAGCUGAAUCAUUCAGAGUUUUUAAAGAGGACUGGGAA